AUGACCAGCACUUGGUCUCCCUCCUUCUUUCUCGCUAUGGCCGCUCUCAAGAUUGUCCCUGGACAAAGCGGCUACAUGAAUUUGACAUCGACAGAACGAGACACCAUCCAGCAUGUGGAACGGUUUGGGGCCUCCCUGAGCCUGGUGGGGGUUUCCUUCAUCUUUUGGGCUUACUGGAUGUUUAAGCGGGUUCGGACGGUACCCAACACUUUUAUCCUCUUUGCUUCCAUUGCGAACGUUGGGGCCAGCAUCGCCUGCUUGAUCGGCUAUGCUGGAAUAGUCGCCGGGGAUGACUCUGGGCUAUGUAAAGUUCAAGCGUUUUUGCUGGAGAUGUUCAUGCAGUCGGAUCCUUGGUGGUCGCUUGCCAUGGCUGUCAAUGUGUACAUGGUUUUUUUCAUGGCAUACAACCCGAACAACUUUCACAGACAUCUCUGGAUGUACUGUGUCGUUUGCUUCGGUGUUCCCGCCGUCCCGGCAGUUGUCAUGUUAUUCCAUCGGCCUGGCGAUGUGCACAUGUACGGGAACGCAACAGUAUGUCCUCUUUUCCAUCCCAUCUCGCAACACCUCUCUCGUACCUACCUAGGGUCUCGUCACAUUCAGCUCGACACCGACACCACGACUUCGGCUCCAAUGGCGGCCUCGGUUCCCACUUUCAUGAUACAAAGAUUCGGCUACCAUGUGUUUCACCAGCGUAACCAGUUGAGGAACCUCACACUGAGCAACCAGGCCAAGGACGCCUCCGGCACCGACCUCAGAGGAUCAGCGGAAAAGGUGCCCCUUUUUUUUCCCUUUAUCAUUCUUUCUGUUCUUGCGCUCUCGUCUCCCGGGGCGAGAUGUUUGUCACACCCUACUACGUCAUUUCCAAAUGUUUUCCCUCUUUUCUUUCUCUUUCCUCUGCUUCGUUUUAGCCCCCACGAAGCGACCCCGCCCUCGACACCCACCGGCGCGUCAAGCAUCACACCCGUCCUACCGCCCGCCCACCGCCAUGCCAUGGCCACCGCCCCUCAGCCACCAGCCGCCACCCUCCACCCGUGGGUAUCGCCCGCCGAGUCCCUCGACUCCGACGACUUUGGGAGAUCCCCCACCUCGCACUCGUGCUCUCGAACCCAGCACUCGAACCCGUUCCAGACUAUCUCGAGCGUUUCCUCUGCCCCAAGAUGCCGGUCCGCCUCUGUCGCGAAUGUCAACAGGCAAAAUUGGUUGAAGACCAGGUUUAACCACGUCGGUCAGGCGUGGAAGAAGUUUCGGUACAAGCUUGUCAACCUGGACCCGAUCAAGUUGGCCUAUCUCCGGACCUCGUUUGUUUUUGCGAUCUCAGUGCUCGUGACGUGGACGCCGAGCAGUAUCAACCGCGUUUACGCUCUCAUGUACCCAGCUACGACGAGCUACUCGCUCAAUCUUGCUUCUGCCGUCGUGUUGCCGCUUCAGGGGUUGUGGAAUGCCGUUAUUUUUGCGGCGACUAGCUGGGCUGUGUUGGCGGAGGAGUUUAAGACUUUGUGGAUCAGGUCUGGGGUGAGGAUACCGGGACGGUGGCAGGAGGAACAACAGGAAGGGGGGGCGGUGGUGGAUAGGGAAGGGGUGGAAGGCUUUAAGAUGGCUUGGCACCAGAAUGGGAGAGGGAGGGUUAGUCACGAGGAAGGGGACGAUGGGGAUGAUGUGUUGGUGCCGCCGGAGAGGGUGUUUAGGGAACGGCAUGGGAGUGUGGCGGGUGGGUUUGAUGGUGGGGGUGGGAGUAGACGGCCGUCAGAGUAUGGGAGUCGAAGACCGUCGGAGUAUUUGGUGCCACCUUUGGGGGGGCCGGGGAGUCCGAGGGCUGGGCAGGGGCAGGUCAGGGUUAUUAGGGGAGGUUCUUUAUGA